AUGCCCGACCUGUCCGACGAAGACGCUGACUCGCGAACAGCCGCGGUAGGCGCGCAGCGUGUCCGCUCAAACCCCCAGUCUGCGGUCUCAUCGCGCCACGGAUCGCAUGACAGCCUCCGUCCCGCCAAGAAGCGGCGCAGAAAUGGCCGUGAGGGCGACCGCGAGGUAGUCGACUUUGUUCCUCGGGGUGCAGCCUUCAGUGCCAAUUCCCUGGCAGUCGAUCCCGACAGCACCUCCAGCUCCGGAUCUAGCUCAGAGUCGAGCGAUGACGAUGACAACGACGAUGAAGACUCGGACACCCAAGCACCUGCAAACCCCCAUGCUGGAAAUACGGCUCCGGCUAUUAGCUGGAACCAGGGGAGGAAAACUGCGGUGCGGACAACCUUGGGCAAGCGGACGGCUCAGCCGGACAAUGACAAGAGUGCAUCGGCGGAUCAAUUCAAUACAGUGAAUGGCGCAUACUGGGGCACUCGCAGUGCGUCUGUUUCGUCAGCAGGGAAUGAUACAGAGAUGAAAGACCAACCCCAGGAAAACGGCGAAUUGGAAGACGGCGAGGUCGAUCCUGAUAGCGAUUCCGCGGACUCGGUGUCCUCGGACCCGGAAGCUGAUGAUUCCAUCAUGCUGAACACCGAGCCACUAGACUCCACAGACGGGCCCACGGAUUACACUCAUCCUCUAGUCCUUGAUCGAGGACAUCCCAAUGGGAAGCCUUCUGCGCCGGCGCUGGGUAUCGAAUCUACGCACACAACACCUCGGUCAAAGGAAGAAGCAUUCCAGCACCUUUCGCGCAAGUAUCCUACUGUGCCAACUACUCUGAUGGACUUGGACAAGGCGGACCUGGAGCUUCACGCCAAGUAUCUGUUUUUCGAUCGGGACAUUCACGAUAUCGAUCUGAACCUGCCAAUCACCUGUAUCGAGUGUCUGCGAGAGGGCCAUCUGGCCGAGGUGUGUCCAACCAAAGAGUGUGUCCAUUGUGGUCUCUGGAACCAGCACCAAAGCACAUCAUGUCCCACAUGGCGCAGAUGCCAACGGUGUCGAGAACGCGGUCACGACGAAAAUCAGUGCUCGUCGGCCCUGAAAAGCUCGGCCGCAGAAGUUCCCUGUGAUCUGUGCGGCUCGUCUGCCCACCUGGAACUGCAGUGCGACUACCUAUGGAAGUAUCCCUCCCUCGACCUCUCCUCCAACGCCGUCUCGGUCUCCCUCUCCUGCGCCUACUGCGCCAGCUCGAAACACCUCAUUGGCGAUUGCCCAUCUCUCUCCCGACCAAUUACAACAUCCUCAUUUACCCUCACGGGUACCGAUCCCAAAUCAAUCAAUAAUCUUAACUCCCGCCCUGUCCUCCAACGCGGUGGUCCUGUCGGCAGAGGGCCACGCGGGAUGGGACCCCGUGGACGCGGCGGCCGUGGCGGCCCACGAUCUCCGUCUCCAGACAGCGACGACGACAAUAUGUUCCGCUCAGAUCGACGACCGCCGCCUGCUGGGCCGCGCGGGAGAGGCCGCGGGAAUAUUCGUAUUGGAAGCGUUGGUUUCAAUAACCGCAACUUCGGUGGCGGUGGUGGUCCCCCACCAUCCAGGGGAGGAGGUCGUGGUCGCGGGCCUCCACGGGGCGGCGGAGGUGGUGGUGGCAGAGGACGCAGAGGGAAAUGA